UGGGCAGCCGCGCUUGUCACUCUACGCGGCCGAGAGCAGGGGGCGGGUCCGGCUCCCUGCUGCCGCGCAAUGCCGGCCUCCCAUUGGCGCUUCCUCCUGUCGCUCCGCGCCGCGGGGGGCGCGGAUUGGCGGCCGACUCACUGGGUGUCCCGCCCCGCGGGGCCGUGCGGCGCAGGCGCGCCGGGGGCGGUGGCUGCGGCGGUGGCGGCUGAGCGGGGCCGGAGCGGGGCCGGGCGGCCCAUGGGGCCGGGCCGCGCUGCCGAUGGAGCCGUCGCGCAGCUGUGGCGAUGGCGCGGAGGACGAGAAGAAGCCGCGGCGGCGGACCGGCGGUGCGGACGCCGGGCCCUCCCAGCCGCGGCGGCGGAGCAGCGGUGGCGCGGCGGGCGUGGACAGCGCGACCGGUCCGCAGCCCCGCGAACGCGGCGGGUCCGUGAGCUGGCAGCGGCGGGACUCGGUCCGCAAGAACCGCCCGCUCUUUCCCUGGUUUGGCUUGGACAUCGGAGGCACCUUGGUAAAACUGGUUUAUUUUGAACCCAAGGACAUCACGGCCGAAGAGGAAGAGGAAGAAGUGGAAAACCUCAAAAGCAUCCGCAAAUACCUGACAUCCAACGUAGCCUAUGGCUCCACAGGCAUUCGGGAUGUGCACCUUGAGCUCAAGGACCUUACCCUGUGUGGACGUAAAGGCAAUCUGCACUUUAUACGCUUUCCUACUCAUGACAUGCCUGCUUUUAUCCAAAUGGGAAGCGAAAAGCACUUCUCGAGCCUCCAUACUACCUUAUGUGCCACGGGAGGUGGAGCGUACAAAUUUGAGCAGGACUUUCGCACAAUGGGUGACCUGGAGCUCUGUAAGCUGGAUGAGCUGGAUUGCCUCGUUAGGGGCGUGCUGUACAUCGACUCCGUGGGCUUCAAUGGCCACUCCGAGUGUUACUACUUCGAGAACCCCACGGAUGCUGAGAGGUGCCAGAAGCUCCCGUUCAACCUGGAGAAUCCCUACCCCCUGCUCCUGGUGAACAUUGGCUCAGGGGUCAGCAUCCUGGCUGUCUAUUCCAAAGACAACUAUAAACGGGUAACAGGCACCAGCCUUGGAGGGGGAACCUUCUUUGGCCUCUGCUGCCUUCUGACGGGCUGCUCCACGUUUGAGGAGGCCCUGGAGAUGGCAUCCCACGGGGACAGCACCAAGGUGGACAAACUGGUGAGGGACAUCUACGGAGGAGACUACGAGCGCUUCGGGCUGCCAGGCUGGGCUGUGGCAUCCAGCUUUGGGAACAUGAUGAGCAAGGAGAAGAGGGAAUCUGUCAGCAAAGAGGACCUGGCCAGGGCCACUUUAAUCACCAUCACCAACAACAUUGGCUCCAUAGCACGGAUGUGUGCCCUUAACGAGAACAUCAACCGUGUGGUGUUCGUGGGCAACUUCCUUCGGAUCAACACCAUCUCCAUGAGGCUCCUGGCCUACGCCCUGGACUACUGGUCAAAGGGACAGUUAAAAGCACUUUUCUUGGAACAUGAGGGUUACUUCGGCGCAGUGGGUGCUCUCCUGGGACUCCUGGACUCAGCCUGACUCCGGGCACGAUCUGUGUUGGACCUAUGGAUUCAGGGCAUUCCCUGGGCCACCGAGCCCGUGGUUUGGGGGGUCACUGAGCCCAUGGUUUGUGUCACAGCCCCCACUGAGGUGGCCUGUGGGGACAGCGUGGGGAUGGGCAUCUGUAAGAUUGGAAAUCCAUGUGGGAUUACAGCGCAGGUUUGUUGCAAAGGAUGUGACUGGAAUACACUGGCUGGACGUGGGGGUGUGUGGGAAGGUCUGUGGGGCAUUCCAGUCACAUGGAAUUGGCCUUUUUAGAGAGUUUUACUCCAUGUUUAAUGACAGUGACAAAGCAGAGCAGGGACACUGUGCUGCUCCCAGUGACAUCCCUGGAGUGCCGAGUGCCCAGGUCGGCUCUGUGUUUGCAGUCAGAGCUUCUCCAUGUGCUGGGAGCUGGUCUGGGCAGGGGGAAGAGCAGCAACACAGCCCUGCUGGGUGUAUCUGACUCCAAAUGGCCUCAAUCCACGCUGGGACACAGCUUUGCCCCUGUCCCACAUGUCCUUAUCUCUGUCCUGGGGACGGCAGGGGCAGCACAGCACAGAUCUGUGCCUCAGGGUGAGUCCUGUCAGCCUCCAGCACAGUCCCCAGCACCCUUUGGGAUGGUGUCAGUCAGCUCCAGCCUUGAGAUCUGGAUUUGAGGAUGGAAUAGGGAUAUUUGUUGUUUGUCUGGGGUUUUCUCUGUUACCAAGCUCCACCAAAGAGACAAUUCCUUCAGUCACACUUGGAACUCUGUGAUAUCCCAUGUUACAUUUUAAAAUGGCUACACUCCUGUUUUGGGGGAAUUCCCCCCUUUCCAUGCAUGCUGUACUCCCUCUUUUCCCUGUGCAUGCUGCCACACAGCCUGCGAGCAGGAUACUGUGGUGGGGAGCCCCUGUGGAAGUUGCACCCCUGGGAUGGGGGGGUUGGAAUGGAUCCUGCACGCUCAAUAAACGCUCUCUAAAAGCAACAAGGUAUCUGCAGCUUCCCUGGGGAUGUGAGCUCAUGGAGACAGAGCUUUGGAAGUGCUCUGGCUUCCCAGCAAGCAGCUCCAUGGAGCACAGGGAAAGCUCUUCAGAUCCUUCAGAUCAGGUCAUGGUGUCAGGGUUUAUCCCAGGGUAUCAGAGUGACCAUCACCCUGACCCCAGCACACCCUUCCAGUCCUGCUUUCUUCCCAGAGAAACCAAUUUCCAGCUCUGAUCCCCUUGUGAGCCUGGCUGGAAGUGCUGGACAGCCCCGAGCCCUUCCCUGCCUUGUGAACCCCCCCCUUCCCUGCCCGUUGCUGUAUCCCAAGAUCUGAGCACUCCAGGGUGGGUAACCUGUGCACCUCCCUCUGAAAAGGGAGGAAAAGCAGGUUCAGAGGGGGUUUGCUUUGCUGGGUACAUCUGUGUUUGUCUCUAAACCUCUGUGUUUGUCUCUAAACCUCAGCUGAGGAUUCUGGACACUGCCAGGGAUUUGAUCACAGCAAAAUCAGGGAAGAGAACACAGGGCUCAUGUGGGAGGUGAUCUGUGCUGGCUGAGGAGGAAAAUGUUUUCCCUGCAGCCUAACACGAGUUCCAGUUGUGUCCUGCUCUGUGGUGCUGGAGAGGUGAGGGCUGGGAGCAGGCUCAUACAGCUCAGGGAAUGGUUUGGGCUGGAAGGGGCCUCAAAGCCCUCUCACUGCACCCCUGCCAUGGGCAGGGACACCCCCACUAUCCCAGGGUGCUACAAACCUUCCAGGGAUCCAGAGCGGCCACAGCUUAUCCUUUAUUCAUUUUUGAAAUCACACAAGGUUCCCAAACUCUCCAUUACAGACAUCUCCAUUUCCAGAGUGCUGACUGAAGGGUUUCUACACUCAGCUCCUGCUGUACCACCUAAAGCUUAACACACGUGCCCCUGGCUGGCCUUUCACCCACCCUCACGGCCAGAACUCAUGGGAAAGGCACAGAAACUUUGGCUUUUUGGAAUGUCCGUGUGCUGGGACCUGUGUGGCUCCUUGAUGUAAUGGAUCAGCGACAGGCUGGGCUGGGGAGGAUGUGGGAAUCCUUGGGAUACAGGAAAAAGCCUGGUUUUCAUUAAGCACAGCAGCUUUGGGAGCCACCUUUCCAUGGUUCUGCUGUGCAGAGCUGGGAAAUCGCAGCAGCAGCAACCCCACAGUCCCUGCCUGAGGCACUGCUGUCCCCGGGCACAGCACCCUGCAGGAUUUCCACUUCUCACUCCCUACAUGAGUGCGUGUAACUCCUUUUCCUCUGGAUUUUCAGUAGAUCAGCACGCUCUGAUCCCAGCACCAAAGUUCCUGGUUUGUUGUCUCUCCUUUUUUUGUAAACUGCUUGGGGUUUUCUUGUUAUAAAAUAUUAGUUAUUUUUAUAUGCUUCAAA